AAAUAAUAAAACGUACUCGACUUAGCGUCGAAGUGGAACGAUGGAAUCGGAUCAACGCGAUCCAUAUUUUUGCGUAUUUGCACACAUGUUAAUAAUAAUUAAUAAAAAAAUUAAAUAUAUUUUUACAGAUAAGGCAUGCUGGCUGAUCGUUCUUGGCUUAGAAUUGCUUCUGAUUAAAAGUUCAACGGGGGAUAUCCCUGACUGCGACUACUAUGAUACCGUUAAUCUCUCGUCUAGCCAGAGACUCAAAAAUAACUCGUACCUGUAUGAAGAUGUGUUGGUUCCCGCUUAUUUGACUGGCGAAUAUGACUAUAAAUUGCUACCUGAUAACUCCAGGGCGUCAGUGGACAAGCACUGGAGGGGAUGUGUCUGCAAGCUCAGGCCUUGUAUAAGGCUCUGCUGCCAUCCCCACCACAUGCUCAUAAAUGGGGAUUGUGACGAUAGCCUAAAGGACCAACUGGAGCGUCAAGACCUCUACAUAAAUGUGACCCUCGAAGACGGCUCAGUGUCUACGCGACACUUUCGCAAGGACCUUAUAGUGCAAUGGGAUCUGCCCAUGCCAUGUGAAUAUUUGUAUCCCGUGGAUGACCAGAAUGAAGAGGAUCAGUAUACCAUCUAUGAGGAUGGCUCAUUUCUACGUCACUACGAUAACAAAACCUUGGGCAAAAGAGAGUACUGUUUACAACCGCUUAAGAUUGAAUCAGAGGACGAAUCGUCCUUUCGAAUUUUCCCGCACAACUGUGUGAUUGAGAGCGAACCUGAUUUAGGAAAGACAAUCAUGAUAUCACUGUCGCUGAUAUGCAUAAUCCUUACAAUCUCCGUGUAUGCCUACGUAAGGAAAUUGAAAACUUUCCAGGGCAAGUGCUUCAUCAGCUACAUGAUUUGCCUAUUUCUAGGCUACUUGUGCCUGCUUGUGGAUUUAUGGAAACUGGCAGAUCAGUUCUGUGAAGCACUCGGUUACACCGGCUAUUUUUUCGUCAUGGCCGCGUUCUUCUGGCUCUCCGUUAUCAGCCUUCACCUUUGGAUCCUCUUCACGGGACGCAAUCUUGAAUCCGUGCCGGAGAACCAGUUCCUGGUCUUUAAUAUUUAUGCCUGGGGUAUGGCAGGAGUCCUAACCGGAGUCAUCUUCAUUGUGGACCAUGUUGUCGACGGCAAUAACGAUGAAAACGUAAAGUGGAUGCCAGGCGUGGGUUUCUUCAAUUGCUGGAUCAACACUAACGGAUGGUCUGCCCUCAUGUAUUUCUAUGGACCGCUGGCGCUUCUGAUCAGCUUUAACAUAACCAUGUUCAUUCUGACUGCUAUUCGCAUCGUAGAUAUAAAAAGGAACCUUACGAACUUCAUUGUCCAGCAGGAGAGGCAACAGAAGCUUUCAUCUGACAAGCAGACGUAUAGCAUCUUCCUACGGCUUUUUAUUAUCAUGGGCUUGACUUGGAGCUUGGAGAUUGGAUCCUACUUCGCCCAAGGGCACGAAUUUUGGGAAAACGUGUUUCUGGUGGCCGACUACUUGAACUGGUCCCAGGGCAUCAUUAUAUUCGUAUUGUUCGUCUUGAAGCGCAGUACUUUACGGCUCGUUAUCCAAAGAGCUCGGGAUGGGAAGGACGAACAGGACGGCGAUGGGUGUGAAGAGGAGAUUUCCCUCGAGGAUAGGUUUUCCAGAAACCUUCAAUAGGCCGCGUUCAAAAUAUAUAUUUAAGCCCAACACAGCCGACCCUAAAACUAUCAGGGUUUCAACGCUUCGCAACAUCAAUCAAAGAAGAGGAAAGGAGUCUUCGUGUCAAAAUUCUGCCUUGAUGUAGGCCCCAUAGCUGCCACGUGAUAGUUUAGUGUCGAUGCCGACAACUUGAACUAACAUUCUAACACAAAAAAAUCUGUUUACUUAUUUACUAA